GUCGUCGUCUUCUCCCUCCUUGUCCUUUAUAUAAAGGAAGGUGGCAAUGGCGUCUCCACCGUGAAGCUAGCCGCAGUUGCUUGCCUAGUACUUCCCACGUCGAGCAAGGCUACUUCGCUUGCAACCGUUAGCUAGCUUGCUUCUUGCCUUUUAUUUGCGCGAGUCGUCUCAGUCUCCUACUACCUAACAACAAGCUCAUCAAUGGGGAGGCAACCAUGCUGCGACAAGGUGGGGCUGAAGAAGGGCCCGUGGACCGCGGAGGAGGACCAGAAGCUCGUCAGCUUCCUUCUCAACAACGGCCAGUGCUGCUGGCGCGCGGUGCCCAAGCUCGCCGGAUUGCUGCGUUGCGGGAAGAGCUGCCGGCUGCGGUGGACCAACUACCUGCGGCCGGACCUGAAGCGCGGGCUGCUGUCGCCGGAGGAGGAGAAGACGGUCAUCGACCUGCACGCGGAGCUGGGCAACCGGUGGUCCAAGAUCGCGUCGCAGCUGCCGGGGAGGACGGACAACGAGAUCAAGAACCACUGGAACACCCACAUCAAGAAGAAGCUGAAGAAGAUGGGCAUCGACCCCGUCACCCACAAGCCCCUCCAGCCCGUUCCGGACACCGGCAGCUCGCCGGAGGAUGAGGCGAAGGCCGUCGCGGCGGCAAUCACGCCGCCGCCAUGUGCUGGAAACGAGGCGUUCUGCGUCGACGAGGUGCGCAUGGCGCGCCUCCUGGACGACAUCGUCAUCCCAGACGGCGACGUCGUCGACGCGCCGCCCGCGGCCAACGACAGCGGCACCAGCACAGCUUAUUCGCCUGAAUCUUCCUCUUCCUCCUCGUCAUCGAGCGGGGGGAGCAGCAUCGUCGACGGCGAGUGGCUGGAGUGGCCGCAGAUGGUGGAGUGGCCGGAGUCCAUGUGGCUUGACGUGGUCACGGGCCCGACGCCGUGGGAGUUCGAGGACCCCUUGCUCACGGACCAGAGGAUCGCUCUGUUCGAGCAUCAGGAGACAUGGAACAACAGCAGGAUCGAGCUCUUCUGAGCUCGUCAUUCUUUGUGUAGCUAAAAUCUCUCGUUGCCACGCGUACACGUAUAUGCUCCUAAAAAAAUGUUACAGCUUCGCGAUGCACAGAAUAUGCACCCCGUUUCUUUCUCCUUUUUUUUGGGACUCGUAGCUCCUUUUUAGAUCUUUUUUUGUAGUUGCAAUGCUACAAAAUAUACUACUCCAUAUUCUCCCAUUGUAGUUCUUUACCGGUGGCCGAUAAUUUUAGUAAUAUAUUUGCCAAAA